GCUCGGCGCGCCCGGGCGUCAGUCGGGCCGCGGCGACGGCGGCAAGAGCGCGUCCCGGCGCCGCCUCGGGCUCCGCUCGGCUCAGGGUUUCUCCAGGAGGAGAGCGAGGCGAGGCGAGGCGCGGCGAGCCGCCGGCCCCGCGGACCGGGCGCAUGGCUUAGGGACGCCCCCGCCCGCCGCGCCCCCAGCAUGGGGAAACUUCACUCCAAGCCGGCCGCCGUGUGCAAGCGCAGGGAGAGCCCGGAAGGUGACAGCUUCGCCGUGAGCGCCGCCUGGGCUCGGAAAGGCAUCGAGGAGUGGAUCGGGAGGCAGCGCUGCCCCGGCGGCAGUUCUGGGCCCAGACAGCUGCGGGCGGCGGGCACCGUUGGCAGAGGAACCCGGGAGCUCGUGGGUGAAAUUUUCAGAGAAACGCUCAGUGAGGAGGAAGAGGAAGGCUUUCGGCUAGAAGUGGCCCUUCCUCCCGAGAAGACAGACGGGCUGGCCAGUGGAGACGAGAAGAGGAGGGAGAAGGCGAGUGAAUCUUGCCCGGGUCCCAAGAAGCAGCUGAAAUUUGAAGAGCUACAAUGUGACGUGUCUGUGGAAGAGGACAGCCGGCAGGAGUGGACCUUUACCCUGUACGACUUUGACAAUAAUGGCAAGGUCACGCGCGAGGACAUCACCAGCCUGCUGCACACCAUCUACGAGGUGGUUGAUUCCUCCGUCAACCACUCCCCGACGUCGAGCAAGACCCUGCGGGUGAAACUCACCGUGGCCCCCGAUGGAAGCCAGGGCAAGAAGGGCAUCCUUCUCAAUCACCCUGACCUGCAGAGCACGAGGCCCAGAGCGGAGACCAAGCCCGCCGAGGAGCUGCGCAGCUGGGAGAAGCAGCAGCGAGCCCCGCUCAGGUUCCAGGGGGACAGCCGUCUGGAGCAGUCUGGUUGCGACCACCAUUGCGUGGACGAGAACAUUGAGAGGAGAAACCACUACUUAGAUCUCGCCGGGAUAGAGAACUACACAUCCCAGUUCGGGCCUGGCUCCCCGUCAGUGGCCCAGAAGUCAGAGCUGCCCCCCCGCACCUCCAACCCCACUCGGUCUCGCUCCCAUGAGCCAGAAGCCAUCCACGUCCCACACCGAAAGCCCCAAGGCGCGGACCCGGGCUCCUUCCACUUCCUUGACGCCCCAUUCGCCAAGGUCUCGGAGGUCCAGCAGCGGCUCCGGGGCACCCAAGAUGGGAGCAAGCACUUUGUGAGGUCCCCCAAGGCCCAGGGCAAGAGCGUGGGUGCGGGCCAUGUGGCCAGAGGGGCAAGAAGCAAGCCCCCUCUGGGCCCCGCCGUCCCCGCGGUGUCCCCGGCCGCCCAGCUGGCCGCCAGCCCGGCCCUCCUCCCCACUCUGGCACCCCUCGGGCACAAGAAGCACAAGCACCGAGCCAAGGAGAGCCAGCAGGGGUGCCGGGGGCCGCAGGUGCCGCUGGCCGUGGGCGGCAGUGUCGUGGGGCGGGACCGCGUGAGGGACCUGCCCGCUGUGGUGGUGUACGAGAGCCCGGCCGGCCAGGCGGUGCAGAGACACGAACAUCACCACCACCACGAACACCACCACCAUUACCACCACUUUUACCAGACAUAGACCCCUCCCCAGGAAGCCCCGCCCUGCCAUAUGAAGGACCCCCCUCCCCCUGCCCGCCCAGGCAUUAUUAUUCUAUUAAUUAUUGUUAUGAUGAUGAUUAUUGUUAUUAAUAAUUAUUGUUACUCCACUAAUAUUCAGCUAGCCUCCAUGUAGAAGAUCUAUGGAAACACAGAACUAAACUUUUAUUUAUAUGUUGUGAGGACUGCAUAACUUUACCCGAGAAAUGACUCUGGGUUUGGAAUUGGCCUGUCGACCGGCGGAGGCUCGCGCGGGCUCCCGUGCGGCGGUUUCCACGCAGGCUGGCCCACGCCCGUCCCAGCUCUGGGGGAGCCCCCGGCCAGAACGGUGCCCUACCCCAGUCUCUUCCAGGAGAACGCCCUUACCUGGCCCGCUUCCAGAGACCCUCGAAAUCUCCGAGAAGAUAAACAGCUGCUACCUCUUA